AUGAUUGGAGGGGGAAAGGCGGGAAGGCGGCUUGGUCUGAUGGUCUUGUCAUCCAUGAUCCCCGGUUCAUCCCAGCUUCCACCUCAAGUUGACAUUCAGGCGAGCGGGGAGUGGGCACAUCGGCGUGGUAGGCCUGUCCUUUCACCUCUUUUACUUUGCCUCAUCCUCGCAUUUCCUGGGAAUGCAGCGGCGGGAGCGCUGAGAACGAACGAAACAGGAGCAGGGCCAGCUGAGGAAGAGAGCCAUAGAAACCGCACAACGUUAGUCGGCGCUUGUCACUGCGGUUGCCGCACCGCUCUUGGUGUUGCUGGGGAUUGUGUCAUCCUUGCUUUGAUGUGCAGUCGUCGUAAGCUCGAGUGGAGACCGUCAUCUGAAUGGGGGUUCUAUGGGCUUGCGAAGUGCGCGUGUGUGGCUCAGGCUUUUUUUUGGUUUGGUUUUCUGGGACCAUGGCCCUAUCCUUUUCUCGGUCCGCCCCCUUGGACGGCGGGGAUCAAGGCAAUAAGUCUAUUUCCAUCUAUAAUAAUUCUUAGCAGUCAACACUUAAGAAUUAGAGUCUAUCGAAAGAGAGGAGAUAGUGAGAGGCAGUGGCUCUACAGACACUCUGUACGGAUAUCGGCUUCAGACCUGGAGACUCGUGGUGUCAUGGUAGCUCAGGGGCUUGCAGACGUGUGUCUGCAUCCGUCCAGGAGGCUGGAUAGCAUGUUGGUUCGUCUUGCGUCGUGUUUGAUCCCCCCCGCUGUACCCGCUGCCGCGUUGGUGUCGCAUUUCUGCAGGUUACGCAGCCCAUUACAUUUCUGGGCGCUCCGCCGUCUCUACUAG